AUGGGCCCGGUGGCAGCACGGCCUCCAAGCGUGCGAGUGACACGGAGGUGGCUGUGGCCUGCCCCCACCCCUGGGGAGGCCGUCCCGGGAUCCCUGCGCACCCAGUGGCCCCGUAGGACGUCCUGCGGUCCGGGUGGCUGUCCCGCUUUCCACACGGAGGCUGACCGGAGUCUGGCCCGCAGUCACGACCCAACCACAUCACUCAGCCUUCGCUGGGCGGCACGGGGACGGACGGGUCCUCGGGGAAUCCUGGGCCACUCCACAGAGGCUGCGGAGGCAGACUGUGGUGGGGGAGGGGUUCUGACGGUGGCCAGAGGGCUGUGCCACCUCGACAAGCCAGGUGCAUUGGUGGUGCCAGGUGCGGCCUGGGCAGUCGAUGCGUGCCGCAGAGCUCCUGUGAGGGUCCUGGAGUGCUUUGGGCGGGGUCAGAGCUCUGGGGUCCGAGUCCAUUGUCUGCCCGGCCCCGGCCCGGCCGUGCCUGCGGCUCACGGGCCCGAACUCGAGCUGCCCCGGCUGGGGCAGUUCCCUGUCCCAUGUGCAGCCAUCGCGGGACCCCGUUGGCCGUGUCCUGCGGCCGGGCACGUGGCCGUGGCUUACUUCCAGGUCUGUGACAGUGCCUGGGGCCUCCGGCGGGAGGAAUGCCACAUCUUCCAGACCAUAGACAUGUUCGGUCUUGCCUGGCUCCACUUGACUGUGCUCUCAGGUCAUGGUACCCAAGGCAGGUGGAGCAACAUCACACUGGCCUCUGGGCCUCCCACCGUGUACCAGAUGUACGAAGAGAAGGUAGCAGGUUAUCUUGGUCCUAACAAACCCAAGGUCUGUCUGAAGCUGCCCAAACCAGAACAGCCUGAGUUCCUGCUCAGCCCAGUGGCAUGUCCAUAUCCAUCUUUAACCAUGCCAUCACUUGUGGAUUGCACCUGCCGCACUGCUGGCAGUGACUGGGGUCGUGUGCAGGUGCCACACUUCUGCCUGUUUGUUUCUGCUAGUGGCACAUUGAAGGCUUGUCCUCAGAAACACUUGAAUGGAAUACUAGGUUGUCACCUGUCGAAGGUGCCAGUCUCACAUGCAGAGUUGUGGGUGAGACUACAGGGAUACACCUGUCCUCAAGUCCCAGUGGAUCCGCAAUUAGCCUCUGGUAGCAAUGAGGCCAGGCGUAGUGAUUCCUCCAGCACCUGCAGCUUUGCAGAAAACAUCGAUUCAAGAAACCAGUUGUUGCUCCACAAAGUGCCUGUUACUGAUGGCUAUCUUGCGAGCAAUCCCAAGCAGGAUAAUACCAUUGAGGGGUCAGCUACCAGCAGCCAUGCAAGCCAAGUCACUGCCCACCCUGUGGGCUCCGAUGUCCUAAGAAAAGAGAUGAUCCAAAGAAAAUGCCAUUUUAGCAAAUGGAGAUUAUCAUACCGUAUCCCUGGAUUUCCACUUGAGGUGCAGAGAUAUCAGGAACUGCUGGAGCUACAGGGACCUGCACUGGCUACAAUGAAAGGGUGCAAAUAAAAGUAGCUUUCCUCAUUAAUGAGCAACAUCUUGAUAGAAAAUCCAGUCAUGUCCUACCCUAUCCACUCAAGAUUUGUUCUCCAUCAGGAUGGAAGACAUUGUUUCAGUCUCAUAUUAUUGUUACCACCUAAGGACACCUAGGCCUGAGACCUUAACUUGGGCACCUCUCAAUUCUCACCACAUAACCAACAAGAUCUGGCAACAUCCAGGAGUGAGUAACACGCUAAGUCAGACAAGUGUUGCCUCCAGCUAGAAGCAGAGUUUUUGCUGUUCAGCCUGAAUUGAAUGAAGAAGCAUUUGUCAGACAACUACAGAAUGCUGAGCAUUGACCAACGGGUGUGGCUUUGACAGAAAUUGUCAAUGACAACAAAAAGAAGCGGUAUUUUUUGCUUAAAGAGUACGUUACUGUAUUCCUUUAGUCCUGUGGAAACAAAAGCAUCUCCUCGCCUUGUUGUCACUGACAGUGGUGACAUUACCUUGUUUUGGAGGGCAUGUCAGUUUCUGGUCUCAGGAAUUUGACAAUUUCCUCAUGAUUCGCUUGGCCCUAAACAUUACUCCCAAACAGUACUCCCUGUUACUUCACAUCUGGAGGCAAAGCAUGGACAGUUUGUCCAUCAACAUUACGGUCACACUAGGAUUGGAUAUCAAGUUACAGUCAUUUUGAUAUGUAUCCAAAAGAUACUUUACUCUUAUAUUAUCAAAAACCGUAGAGACUGGCAAUUGAAGAAUGUAUAGAUACUCUAUUCUCUAUUGAUUUUUCUGCAGAGAUUUUGCCACCAAUUACUCAUCUCCGCCUGGAUUGGUUCUUAUAUUCAUUUGUGUACAUUGGAAAUCUUCUAUUUUAUUAUUUCUAUAUACUAAUAUUUAUUGAAUUUCUGUAGUAUAAGUGAACAUCCCUUCUAUUAUUCCAUACCAAUAAAUAUUUUGUUUUGUUUGCUA